CACCUCUGGUCUAAUUGAAGUAGAGGAAGAAGAAGGGGCUGAGCUACAGGAGGAGUUAAUAAUGGAGGAGGGAGCAGGAUAUUCCCCUCAAAAAAUUAAAGGGCAAGUGCAAGAAAGAAAAUCUGGUGAUAGCGACCCCUGCAGGAUUCGUGAGGCAAGAACGAAGAGGUCCAGGGAAACCUUCUCACC